UUUACAGGCUAAAAUGGGUAAAUGGCAAUUGGAAGUUGCCAAGAUGGCUUUAUAUAUGAUCUUCCCAGUUGCUAGCUUCUACGCAUAUCAUCAGGUUGAUUGGUUUGAGGAUAAUUUCAAGGAUAUACAAGGCAAAAUAUACAGCAAGGAGAAUAUGGAAACUAAAAAGGAAUUAUCGGAGUUUAUUGAGAAACUUCGUGAACACAGGGAGCGAAAGGUGCAGAGUGAAUUAGUAAGAUUGCAAGCAGAAUCUGUAAACAAGAAUAUGUCAGAUUAAAUCAGUUUUAUGUUAUCUCGGAGAUAUUCACACAGAUAAAAUAUCCUCUAUUAGUCUAUGCUAGCCUUUAAAUAUUUAAUUGUAUUCUUAAACAUUGCUAUAAAUUUUAUUUUGUAUGAUAAGCGUACACUGUACAGAAAAUAAAAUUAUGUUACGAUAAAAUAAGACAAAACCAA